GCCCGAAAGCGGCGCAAUGUCGCUAUAGGGUUUGCGUCUGUUGGCGGAGAUCGUGCUCGAUGGGCCAGUAAUCGACCCGCGGCCGGAAUGAACUCCUUCGAUCAACUGGAUCCAGACUCACGCAACCAAAACAAGAAGAUCACGGAUUUUCUUGAAGAGCUUGCCGUGACAGAAAAGGUCCGUGGACACGCUUUCAAGGCGACUGCCUAUACCAAAGCAGCACAAACCAUCGCCCGAUAUCCCACCCCAUUGUUCAGCAGAGAAGAAGCUCUCAAGAUACCUGGUGUGGGCACGAGCAUCGCUGACAAGAUCGAGGAGAUCAUUCAAACGGGAACACUCGCGAGAUCGAAUUAUGAUGCGACUGAUCCCCUGUUCAAGGCAUUGAGGCUCUUUUCUCGCAUCAGUGGAUUUGGACCGGUUGCGGCGAAAAAAUUGAUCGACGAAGGCAUUAUGACGCUGGAACAACUGCAUGAACGCGAAGGUCUCACCAAACACCAAAAGAUUGGAUUGAAACACUUGGAUGAGUUCGAACAGCGUAUACCACGUGCCGAGAUGGAUGUUUGGGCGGCUAUCUAUAACGAUGUGUUAAAGCAAGCAGAUGAGAAAUUCGAGAUAGCCAUUGUCGGCAGUUAUCGCCGUGGAUUAAAGGACUCGGGAGAUGUCGACAUCAUGUUGACCCACCCAGACUUCAACCUGGGGAACCCCAUCCAACCCCCAGAACCCGAACCCGAACCAGUACCAGAUCCCGAGACUGAAAAACCUAAAGGCAGGCGGCGCAAACCGAAAAAAACCCCUACGAUGGAACACAUACUGAUGACGAGAGCAUUGGACGCACUGAGAGAAGCUGGCAUCCUCACGGAUGAUCUUGGCGUUGGAGACACGAAAUAUAUGGGUGUUUGCCGCUUACCCGAAGGGAAAGGAGACGCGAACUGGCCGAGAUUACACAGACGAAUCGAUAUCCGGCUCUUUCCAAAGGAUUGCUUUGCGUUUGGUCAACUUCAUUUCACGGGCAAUGAUGUUUUCAAUAAACAUUGUCGAUGGCGAGCGAUUCAGCGUGGGUAUAGGUUGUCAGAAUACGCAAUGAAGCGGCUAGGCGCGGACGGGAACCCGACCGAUGAGCGUGUUGUGAUGUACACAGAGGAGGAGAUCCUCAAUUUCCUGGAUUUGGAUCAUAUCCCACCUGAGAUGCGCAACGUCUCACCCGACAUGUGCAAGGCCUGAUGUUCCGGAAGGGCCGUACGACGACCGCGGGUA